GUUUCUUGUUUGUUUUUGUUGUUGUUGAUACAUAGACAGAACCUUUGCUUCUGGAGAGGAACUGACUCGGUUAAUUAACAUGAAACCAUCACAGAGUGGAAUAGAUCCAAGGACUGGAAUAACAGGUCUUAUUCAAGGCAUUCAGCUGCGGAUUGAGAAUCAAGAGGUGCUAAAGGAGUUUAUGGCUUUAGAACAUGUGAAACCAAUAGAUGAUUGCAGAACUGGCAAAGCACCAGAAAACCAGAAUAAAAACAGAUACCAAGAUAUCCUUCCAUAUGAUAAGACACGAGUUCCUCUGGGAGAAAAGAAUGGCUACAUUAAUGCAAGUUACAUUAGAAUGAAUGUUGGAGAAGAGGAACACUUUUAUAUUAUAACCCAGGGGCCUCUGCCAUCUACUAUGGCCGAUUUCUGGCAAAUGGUCUGGGAGAGUGAAUCAGAUGUGAUCGCCAUGAUGACAAAAGAAGUGGAGCUAGGGCAAGUCAAAUGUCAUCGAUACUGGCCUGAAUCUCCCUAUAACUCUAAAGACCUGCCUAAUUUCUAUCUCAGGCUGCACAAUUACCAGAUUCUGGAAUACUUCAUAAUUAGAAAAAUAGAAAUUAUCAACAAGCAGACAGAAGAAAAGCGCAUUAUAAGUCAUUUGCAAUUUACCACUUGGCCAGACCACAAUACUUCCAAACUGGCUGAGCAGCUUGUAAAAUUUAUUAGUUACAUGAGAAAAGCUCACAGGACAGGACCUAUUAUUGCUCAUUGCAGCACUGGCAUUGGAAGAAGUGGAGUUCUGCUGUGUGUUGAAAUUCUUCUCAGCCAUAUAGAAAAAGAUUUAUGUUUCAACAUCAAGCAGAUAGUGAGAGAUUUGCGAGACCAACGUUUUGGCAUGAUCCAAACUAAGGAUGAGUAUUUAUUCUGCUAUGAAGUUGUGCUGGAAGUCCUUCAGAUCCUCCGCACAAUGGAUUCCUACUGA